UGCCGGUCGCUAAAUGUUUUAGCAUGGAUUGCAGAGCUUCAGACUUUACCAAAUAUACUUUAUUUUUAAGCUACAGUUUAUGUAUGUUUUAGUAAUCACGAAAUAUAUAUUUUACUGUACACGUUGAUCAAUAGAGUAUAAGGUGUGGAAAUCAGUUACUUUAUCUAGCUAGCUAAUCCUACAUGAAAUAGCUAGCUAGCUAACAUAAACUGGUCAGCAACUUUAGCUACAAACUCCUAUUCACAGUGUAAAUGAUGGGGGAGGAGACCAAGUCCCUUCAUCUGGAUGAGGGACUGUCUGUAAAGGAAGAGGAGUUAGGACAGGCAGAGGGAAAGAUGAACCAAGUGGAGGAUGAACAACCAGAGGAGGUUGAAGAGGAAGAUGAGGAGGAUGAAGAAGCAUUGCCACACUCUGAAUUCCUGGACAUCUUUGAAGAAGGACUGGCUCGCCUUGUACAGGACCCUCUACUCUGUGACCUCCCCAUUCAGGUGACUCUGGAGGAGGUGAAUUCCCAGGUUGCCCUGGAGUAUGGCCAAGCCAUGACUGUCCGUGUAUGCAAAGCGGAUGGCGAAGUAAUGCCCAUAGUGGUGGUGCAGAAUGCUAUGGUGCUGGAUUUGAAGAAAGCCAUCCAGAGGUUCAUGGAGCUGAAACAGCAACGGGAGGGUGGGGUAAAGCACGUCAGCUGGAGGUACGUAUGGAGAACCUUUCAUCUCGUAUUUCAAGGAGAGAAGCUUGAUGAUGACAAAAUGAAACUAAAGGAUUAUGGGAUCAGAAACAGAGAUGAGGUGACAUUCAUGAAGAGACUGAGGAAGAAGUGAAACGGAGAUCUCACUACCGUGUGGAGUCCUGCCUACUCUGUGAGUUGCCUGCACAGUUCCCAUUGCUUCAGACCUCUAUGAUUCAACUUGGAGAUGUACAGCAACUAUAUUCAUACACUGACAUGAUUCAGUUGAUGUCUAAAAGGUUUUUCAAUUGACAUCUCAAACGUUUUUACAUGUUGUAGAUAUGAUUGUGUGGAAUGUUUCGUACGGUCUCAAUUUUUUAUUGUUUAGACAUAUUCUCUUGUCAAAUUGUGCCACUUCAAAUAUGAA